GAAACAAAAAUACAGCUGACACGAAAUUAUCAUUGGAAAGUCGUGUUAUCAUUCAUUAUCAACCUACCUACGUAAAGUUCUUCACAAUAUGAACAACACAUUGUCAUGUUAAUGCCGAAAUUAAGGGACGUCGAUUGCGAUGUAAAUUAGCAAAUUUUUCGAAAUCUUAAAUAAGUUACUUUAACUAUGUGCGCGUUAAAAAUUUGGACGCUGGUGACUGUGCUGUGUUUAGUUAACGAGAUCGACUGUAUUCUCGAGCAAGAUGUGCAACCGAAAUCGUAUAAACUGAAAUUGGUUCCUUUUUUAGAUAACAGUUUCAAUUUUACGGGCGAAGUGUUUAUCGAUAUACUUUGUACGUUCUCCACCAGUGAAAUUUUACUUCACUCUAGUAACUUGACAAUUCAGCAAGUACGAGUUGUACGCAGCAAUGGACAAGAAUUUCCCAGCGAAUACGAAUUGAUUCCAAGACGAGAUUUGCUGCGCAUCGUGACUAAUGAUUAUAUGGUAUUUGAUGGUAUAUACACGGUGCAUAUCAAUUAUCAAGGUUAUCUGAACGAUGAUAUGAUAGGAUUUUAUAAAAGCUCGUAUAAAGUAGGGCACCAAAUCAAAUGGUUGGCAACUACACAAUUCCAAUCGAAUUUUGCUCGAAUGGCGUUUCCCUGUUUUGACGAACCCAGAUUUAGAACAAAAUUUGAAAUAAGUGUCGCGAGAUAUAAAAAUCAAAUCGCUUUGAGUAAUAUGCCAGUGAAAGAGACGAGCGAAGAAGACCCAACAAUCAAUAAUCGUGUAUGGGACACUUUUCGAACAACGCCUCCCAUGUCAACUUAUCUCAUCGCUGUGGUUGUAUCAGACUUCACUCAUAUCACAAGCGAAGAUGGCAGAAUUUCUGUAUGGACUCGAGGGCCAGUCAUGAAAGAUGCGAAUUACAGUUUAAGCCAAAGUGCUCGCAUAUUAGAACAACUGGAAAUAUACACAGACAUAGACUUCAUGUUGCCAAAACUAGACUUGGUUGCGAUGCCAGAUUUCAAAUCUGGUGCGAUGGAGAAUUGGGGUCUGACAAUAUAUCGAGAACGAAGCAUAUUACAUCAAUACGAAAACAGCUGGGUAAAACAAAUGGAAAUGAUUACUUCGACAAUCACUCACGAAUUAGUCCAUCAGUGGUUCGGAGAUUACGUUACUCCUCAACUGUGGGAUUAUUUGUGGUUAAAUGAGGCAUUCGCAACGUACUUCAAGUAUACCCUAUCAGGAAUGAUUGAGCCCGCUUGGCAUAUGGAUGAAUUAUUUGUAACGGAAGUUGUACAACAUGCUCUAUUCAUCCACGAAGUCAAUUAUCAUCAUGCUAUGACUGCUCAAGUGACAACCACUGUUGAAAUUGAAGAAAUAUUCGAUUUCAUCACUUAUCAAAAAGGUGCAUCUGUUCUAAGAAUGUUUGAACACAUCAUGUCACCAAACAGCUUCCGAAAAGCCUUGCAACAUUAUUUGAGACAAGGACACACAAAUGGUGGUAUAGUUACACCUGACAGCUUAUGGGCUGCUUUUGACAGACAAGCAAAUCAAGAUAAGUUGAAAUUACCUUUACCUCCUCCGGAACUAAUGAAGGAUUGGACUACAAAUCGAGGUUAUCCUCUGAUAAACAUUACACGAAUUCCAGAAACCCACUCCAUCGUUGUAGAACAAUCAACUUACACAUCACCGAGAUCUUCAGCGAGCUCGAGCAUUCCAGAACAAAACUGGACAAUCCCUUUAACAUACACUACUUCUAGUUCCCCAAAUUUUGCAAACACAACUCCAACUCAUUGGUCGGGAAUAAAUUCAACGAAUAUCACACACCUGCAUAUUCCACUGAGAAAAAAAGAUUGGAUCAUUUUCAAUAUUCAACAAACUGGAUAUUACAGAGUGAAUUAUGAUCUUCAUAAUUGGAAAUUAUUGAUGAAGCAGCUACAUUUUCAUCACAAAGACAUCCAUGUUCUGAAUCGAGCUCAACUCGUAGAUGAUUCCUUUGCCUUGGCAAUUGAUGAAAAAUUAUCGUACGACGUUCCCAUCAAUUUGACUUAUUAUUUGGCAAAUGAAACCAAUAUGAUUCCGUGGUUUGCUGCCAUCAGAAAUUUCCAUUAUUUAUUUUCGCAAUACGAAAAUACCCCUAUUAAUAACACCAUUAGAAAAUAUCUCGCACAAAUAAUUGAUACACACUAUAAACGAAUUGGAUUCUUCGAACAAGUUGGUGAUGACCAUUUGACGAAAACAGGACGUUCUUCCAUUAUCACUUUAGCCUGCCUGAUUGGUCAUCUAGAUUGCGUCACGAGAGUAAAAAAAUUAUACGAAAUUUAUUCCGACAAUUUAAGCAAAGUUCCUACCCAUCUAAAGUUUCCUUUAUACUGCACCAUGCUAUUAAAUGGAAAUAGUGACAUAGUAUGGAGAAAAUUAUGGGCAAUCCAUGAUACGACCGAUUCUGCUUUCGAAAUUGAAAUAAUACUCUCAACAGCAGGAUGCAUAAACGACGAAAAAUUGAUGAUGAGUAUUCUACAGAAAUUAAUUUCUGACAACAAUCACGAUAUUCGUAAACAGAAUAAAGUAUUUGUGCUGCGAUCUAUUAGUCUAACAUCGAAUGGCCUGACAACUACUCUUAAUUUCAUUGCCAAUGUAUUAUCUAAACAAACCAAUCUGAAUACAAAUAUUAUUGCGAAAUUGACCGCGAUCGCCAAAAAAAUCAAAUUACAAAUAAAAUCUGAAGAACAAACAAAAUUGUUGAAAAAAUUGAUAACUGAUAUGGAUCAAGAAAACAAAAAUUUCACCAUGCUGUUAAAUGCUUUGAAAAAUGCGUAUCAAGAAGGCACAAAACGAAUACAAUUGAGCAAAAAAAGAAUGGAAGAGUUGGAAAAUUCGAUUGAAAAUUGCAUGCAAUCUUCGUCGUGUUUUGAUUCAACCAUUACAGCGGAUGAUGAAGAAAAAAAGUCUUUCGCAACCAAACUACUACCUUCGUGUUGGUUAAGUGCAUUUAAUUUGAGUGUAUUAUUCAUCUGUUUGAAGUCAUUGUUUACAUUUUAAUAGGUACUGAAAUUUCUGUGAGAAAAUUAAUACCUUAGUUGACUCGAAAGUGAUUUGAAUGAGAAUUAUGGACUGAAGAAAGAUGAAAUGAAAAUUUCAAAAUGUAAUACCUACCUAUUCAUACAAUUUAUGUUAAAAAGUUUCAAUAGAAAAAUUACAAAAAUAAAGAAAAUAAAAAUGCUAACGAGAUGA